AUGCACAAACGCUCCCACUUCGAGAUGGAGUACCACCCUCCGGGCGAUGGCAGCCCACCACCAUUCUCGCCCUACGGCACCUUCCCAAGUCCCGCUGCAUCAAUCUACCCCACCCCUACAUCUUCCUUCCCCGGCGGGGACUUCUACCAGCCACUCGACCCCGUCUUUGAUUCGAUUAUGCAGUUUAAUCAUGUGGACAUAACGCCCUACCCCGUCAGCCCUUCGACCCUCGGCGACCCUCUGUGGCCUGUAGCCACCACUACCACCGGCGUGCGCGACAGCUGCGCGGACGUGCUUCUGGCCAGUCCUCCCUUCGGGCGCAAGAAUAUGAAUGAAGCGCAAGAACGCGAAAACGAAGAUGAGGCGCUGUCGCUUUCCCCUCUGGUCCGCGCCGGAAGCCACUUCGGGCUCGCGCUGGACCUCAAGCAGCUGGCCCGUGUCUUCGCCGACAACGUGUGGGUAUGGACGCCGCUCAACCCUUCGAUGCUCAACGACGACCGGCUGCUCCAGCUCGUCCAACCGGCCUCCAUGCAGCGAAAGCACACCACCCUGGUCUUGCACGCUUGCCUGGCCCUGUCCUGGGAUGAAUUCUUCGCUAUGGCACGCGAGCACGCCGGUAUGCUGUUUGACCGAGGGACCUACGCCAACGCCGAAGCUCUCUACUGCAUGGCUUACCUGGCGUUCUGCAGAGGUGACCUGCACAAGAUGGGCUAUUACACGACGUUGGCCAAGGACAUGUGCCGACAGCUGGGCAUCGUAAACAGCGACGUCUUCACGAAGUGUAUCCUGAUAUCGCACAUCGACCCGUCCGUCCGGUUCUCAGAGUUGCAAGCAAUGUACAAGGAGUACGACGAGUCCUGUAUGGAGAGGCCGCAGGCCGAAGACAUGACCAGGCGGUCCCUCAUUGCGGAUCAGGGCAACUUCUGGACAGCCGGCAUGGCGUCCGGCACCGUCAACGCGGAGAAGGUGGGCUUCGGCAUGGGCAAGAUCAAGGACAUGGGAUUCUGCAUUGCCUACGCCAACCUCUACCUGAAGCUCAUACGACGACAGGCCGAGAAGCAGGGAACGGACGGCUCGAGCAGCCCACCGUCAAGCUCCGGAGUGCCCGACGUGGGAAGCACCUGGCAGGCCGUCGGUACUGCUGAGUGGGGAGCGGAGCCACAGGAGCAAGUGAACGAGAAGCGGAAGCUCAUGUUUCAACUGCGUGGAAUCCUCCAGUACUGGUGGCGAUCCCUGAUGGAGAUGGUCUCUCUGGUGAAGUGGUACAUCGUGUCUGGUCAAGUGGAACACUUAUCUGGCAACUCUGAGAAAGCGUUCCAGCACAUGUGCAACUUCCUAGAGGAGGUGCAGAAGUUCAGCCCUUUCCUCGCGUUCUUCUGGCACACGUCCUGCACCUACAUGCAUGCGCUCGUCAUUGAGGUUCUGACGACCAGCGCACGGCCGGACCUUGUGGAGAUGUUGCUGCAGCUGCAGAGCACCGCCUCGCGACGCGGAAUCAACACGCGAGGCUCCUGA